AAAAAAUGAAACUCUUCGCCAUCGUUGCCGUUUUGUUCGCUUGUUUGAUGUUCGCCGCUGCCGCUGCAUCAGCAACUGAAGACUCUUUCGAUAUCUUGCGUGAUUUGACUGCCUCUGAAUUGAGUCAAUUAAUGCCUGGAUUGUCCUCAUCAAAGGCUAAUGAAUAUGUUGGACACUUGAAUGAAGCUAUGAAUUCUGCUGGUAUUAAUACUCCUGCUAGACAAGCUGCUUUCUUGGCUCAAUUGGGUCAUGAAUCUGGUAACUUGAAGUGGUUUAGAGAAUUUGCUUCUGGAAAGGCUUAUGAAGGUAGAAAGGAUUUGGGUAAUACUCAUUCUGGUGAUGGUGUUAGAUAUAAGGGAAGAGGUCCUAUUCAAAUUACUGGACGUUCCAAUUAUCGUGCUGCUGGUAAAGCUUUGGGUGUUGAUUUGGAAAAUAAUCCAACCCUUGCUGAAAGACCAGAUAUUGGUUUCAAGACUGCUGCUUGGUUCUGGAAUUCUAGAAAUUUGAAUCAAUAUGCUGAUCAAAAGAAUCAAGAUGCUUUCGAUAGAAUCACCAAGAGAAUUAACGGUGGUUACAAUGGUAAGGCUGACAGAGAUCAAAAGUAUAGAGCUGCUUUGAAUGUUCUUGAUAAUGGAAGAGCUCCAUCUCAACAACCUGCUCAACCAGCCCAAAGACCAACUCAACAAACUAGACCAACUGAAAGACCAACUAGACCAUCUAGACCAUCCACUCAAAGACCAUCUAGACCAACUAGACCAUCAACCAGACCAUCUAGACCAUCAACCAGACCAACUAGACCAUCUAGACCAUCUAGACCAUCAACCAGACCAACAACCAGACCAACCAGACCAUCUACUAGACCAACUAGAAGACAAAAUACUGGAAGACAAUCCACUGGUAGAAGACAAAAUACUGGAAGAAGACAAACCAGAGAAUACAGACCAAGACAAUCUUCUAGAUCAUCUGGUAGACAAUCAUCAAGAUCAUCAUCCAGAUCAUCAUCCAGAUCCCCAUCUAGAUCUACCUCAAGAUCUUAUUCUAGAUCCCCAUCUAGAUCAUCUUCAAGAUCCUCAUCUAGAUCCUCAUCUAGAUCCUCUUCAAGAUCAUCAUCUAGAUCCCCAUCUAGAUCUUACUCCAGAUCUCCAUCUAGAUCAUCUUCAAGAUCCUCUUCCUCCUCCUCAUACAGAAGAAGAAGAUAAAUCUGAAUAAAGAUUUAGAUAUGUGCUUUUAGCC